UUAAGGCUAUGGUGGGUCUCCAAAAUCCCCCUCCGGCUAGUUUGGCGAUCUCCUGGAUACGUCACUACUUUGGAAGGGUGCAUGGAGGCAUGCACGGAUCGCUUUGUAAUAGCUGGGCCAAUGACCUGCGCCUGUGGAAGCCUCAAGGAGGAUGACCCUGAAUUCGACGUUGAAACAUGGGUGGAAGCUCAAAGCAGCAAGCCGCUCUCACCCGGAGAAGGGUUCCUGCUUCACGACAGAGAAGCGUUCGUUAAUGUUCCAGGGGGAUGGAGCUGCGCAACGGAGCCAGUGAGCUGGUCGAAACACCCCGUCAGGCUGUUCCGGCACUGCCUGGACGCCUGCAGUGCAGCUAAGACAGAAUUCGCUGCUUUUGGAAAGGGCGGAUGCAGAUGCGGAAACGCCACAGCUGCCGGACCUGGCUUCCGGCCUCUACCAAUGUCGUUCUGCAACGAGCACGUGGAUGGAGUAGAAGCCUACUCAGUGCUGGCUGUGAUUACCUGGGGCAAAAUAAAGAAGACUGGCGCCACGCGUAUGUUACUUGAAACAUGCACAGGCAUUCUGCUAUGUAUGUUUUAUGUCUAUAGUAAAGGUGAAGACGAUUAAUAGAUGUAAUGAACACCAAUGUCUUCUGGCAAAAUGACGGUCAUCAUCCUAAGAGUUUCGAUGGCACUGAAGUUGUUAUGAAUGUAAAGAGCCUUGGCAUGUGCAAUUGCGCACCGUCAUGCUUUGAAUGUUGAAAUGGAUAAACCUGUGCCGUUUUGUUCCAUGCUCGCAAUUCUUCAGCCGCAAAACACUGGCUUUGGGCCAACAGAAGACCAAAAAGCAUCACCUGGAAUAAGGAGCCCAACAUGCCUUUCAUCGAGGAUUGCUGGCGCGCGUGUUUUGAAAAGGGCACCGCUACAUGGAUGUCCAUCGGAGUGACGGGCUGCGAAUGCGGGACAGCUGACAGCGCCGUAGUGGAAGAUGGCUUGGACUGGAAGAUCGCCUCACAACCCGAAUCUGACCAGGGCUACCCAGCAGCCCGCGGGUUCGUGUUGAUGAGCAAGAAGGAGGGCACACGAAAUUUCGUGCCCCACAAGUUCACCUGGAUACAGACAGCAUUAAAUACUGGGAAGCGUGCGGAACUUGAAGACAAGCCGGUAACGAAGUGGGUCCCCGGUGCACUGGGAUCCAAGAUGGAGGAAAAGGUCGAGAAACUCCAUGGAGAUGUCAAGUUUGAAGAGCUGAAGAACAUCACCAAUCUAGGUUCUCAAGAUAGAAGAGAAGUGGAAACUAAACGAACAAGAACCCUCUCCGGCAAACAUACUGAAGACACGCAUAAUGAAGACGGCUUUCUGAAACGUGCAACAUUACGGGUCAAAGGGAAAGGAUACAUAACAACCAGUGUCCUUUUUCGGCUGUAUGAGAUGUCACCGUCAGCGCGAAAGGCAAGCGAAAACAUAACUACAAUUUGCAGCCUUAAAACAGCGAAAGAGCAUGACAUGCUUUUCCGUGACUGCAAUGCGAGCACGGCCCGGAGGAACGACGACUGGCGCCAAACCAACGAGACCAGCGCAGGUCACAUUUUCUACAUACGGCCAUCACUAUUUGGAGAAUGUUUCACCGGCACAGCCAACGAAACCGGUUGGGUAGACUCAGGGACCAAGGCAGAUACGCUUAACGAAUGCAUCUGUGCCUGCCGGCGUUCAAAGCUGGCCAAAAACGUAACUGCCUUCAUUCUGCAAAGCGGCCAUUGCAUUUGCUCUGCGUUGUCAACAUCGAUGGGUACGCUCAUCGGAAGAGUACCACUACCUGCCACCUGUCCUGCGGAUGCUGCAAGGCAAGCAUAUGUUGGCUCCGACCACCUAGGUCAGCUCUGCGGACCAUUCAAAGGAAAAGAUGUUAUUGGCCCGGGCCAAGCGGGUAUGCACGGAGUCUCUACAACGCACCAUUUUCUACAUCGAUCAACGCAAGGAUAUGCUUUUGGGGUGAAAAAGCUGCAAAUCUCCACGAUGGAUCACUCGGCGACCUUAGAAAGAGCAUUAACUGUGGUAGGACACAUCAAACAUGGAGCUUCGCACACUCUAUCUCUUGCCCUUCUGAACCGGAGUAAGUACCUGUGUUUUAAUGAGCGUAUAUAUGUGUGA